CUCCUUUGAUGUCCCUAUGCAUAAUUCUUUCAGCGAAUUUCCUAUUCAAUCUCUCGUUUUUCAUCAUCGUGCCCACCGCCACAUCAUACACUAAGCAUUUGGGCGGAGAAUCCCUUUUCAGCGGAUUGACGGUGGGAGUGGUGACUCUCGUCUCCUUCAUUUUGGUGAUUCCACUUUCUAAGCUGCCCAAGUUCAAGAGAAAAUACAGCCCAACUCUCGACUUAUCAUCGGCUUGCCUGAUUCUUGGGCAUAUCAUUGCUGAUCGGACUGGAGUUCUUUACCUCGUUCUCCUGGGGCGGAUGAUAAAUGGGAUUGGUUUGACCGGGUGCUUCUUUCUGAAGAGGUACUGCACAGAUCCUUGCAUUGUUGGUGUCCGGAGGCGAACGACGUGUACAAGCCUGCUCAUUCUCGCCCAGCCCCUGGGAAUGGUUCCGGGGCCAAUCGUCGGAGGAUUUCUCGCAAGGAUUCCCAUGAAAACAGCAUUGUUCAACAAAAACACAUUGCCCGGCUGGUUUAUGGCAGUGGUUUGGAGCAUCUAUUGGUUGCUGACAAAAGUCCUGUUCAAAGACGUGACCGAUACUGCCGACCAGCUUCAUGAGCAUCAUGACAGUCGCCUAGAGGUCAGGGAUUCUAAAUAUGACGCUCGAUCCCAAUGCGCUGAGGGAGAAGGGGCCCGAGAAGCAAGCCAGCUUCAGCAACAGCCCGACAGCUCAAUUCGCAUGAGCCAGCUUGAGGUACCGAGGUUUGCUCGCUGGUUUCUAUCUUUCCAGCGGCACCAUGGCCAGGUCAGGGGAAUUUCAAGAGACUCUAGAUAUGACACUCAAUGCGAAUGCGCUGAGGGAGAAGCAAGCCAGCAGCACCGUGGCCAGGUCAGUUCAAGCCCUGGAGAAGCAAGCCAGCUUCAGCAACAGUCUCAAUUCAAAUGAGCCAUCUUGAG